GUAGGGUUUAUCGUGGCGCCAUCGAAGAGGAAAGUUGUGGCGAGAGGGAGGGGCUUAGAUCCUGGCGCUGGCGUAAUUUUGUGAAUCUGGAGUGAUUUUUUCGUGCUAGAAUCCGGCAUUCAGCGCUUUCUUGUGUAAAUUUUGCUGGUUUCGUAGAGAUCGGUGUGCGUGCUCGUGUAUAUAGAUUCUUUUCCUCUUUCUCGACAGGGAUUUUAGAGACCGUGAUUCAUACUUGCACUGUUUUUUGAUCGCAAGCUUGGAUUUCAUUCGCGUUUUUGUUCCCUUGCUCCGGUUUUUCUUAGAAGCUUGCACGAAGCAAGCCCCUUGCACGGAGGAGCAGCGAGAGAUUUCUACUAUCAUUGUUUUACAUAGUUGUGUGUUCUUCUGAUUCAUCAUGGGAAACGCUCAACGCAAAGAGAAGGAUGACGGCCACCACAGAACGUCCAAGGCGGCCUCCAAAGUCGCCACAAAGAUCAAAGAGACUGGCAAGAAGUUAAUCCACGACGAACCAAAAGAUGACUUUGAGACCAUCCAGAAGGAGGAAAUCAAAGGAAUGGAUGAGCACGAAGAGGAGGGCCAAGAGGAGGAGGUUUUUCAUGAUCUUGUCCAGCAACUAGACGGGUUUUCGAUGCCUGUGAAGUCGAGUCCAUCUCGUCGAUCGCCAGAUUCGUCAGAGAGAUCUUCACUUCCCUUGUCUUCCAAUGGAGAGAGUAGCAGUGAAGGUAAAGCAAGAUAUCUGGGAGGACUCAAGACCGUCGUGGAGGAUUUCUAUAAGCCUGAGAACGAUAUCAAUAAAGAGCGUGAGAUUCCUGGAAAAGCUGAGGAGUCUCCAGUUGGAAUGUCUAGAGUUGAAGCGGAACCCGAAAGUCCUCAAGGUCAGGAAGUCUUUCAUGAUUUACCCCAACAAGUGGUACUUCCCCCGGAGAGCUUUUCUAAAGUUCCAGCGGCUGACGCGCCCUUGAGCACCGAUGAUUCAAGCAAUGAUCCCAAACACGAUCAAAGUCCACUAUCUGAAGCGAUGGCAAUUGAUUCUCCCGCUGUUGUCUCCGAGGCUCUGAAAGAUGUUCCGCCUGAGGCUCCAACGUCUGAUGACUCGCCAGUUAUGACAGAAGACACCAAAGCUACUGAAGAUACUGGACAGGAUACUAGAAAACACGAAACUACGGAUGAAAACAAGGAAGCCGUCAGUGAUCGAGGUAUCGACGACCAACUUAGUCCAGCGGCGGAGAUCGAUGCCAAAGAAGCCGCUCUUCAAGGUGGCGGCGUUUCACCCGAUGUCAUGGACAAAGAAAACGUUCCUCAAGCCAGGUCGGAGUUAGAAGACUUGACAGAUAAACCAUCAGAGGAGAAGGAAGUACCCGAAUCAUUACCUUCGGAUGAAGCUCCCGUAGAUUCGACGGUGGGAGUUGAAGGCAAGGCUGCUGCUGCGGACGAAAAAGUACCACAGAACAUCGAAACCGGAGGGACAGUGGAAGGAAAUGUUGACGAGCCUGAAGACCAUGUAGCUACUGCUCCAGAGACAACGGAAGCCAAGCGCGAGAAUGUAGCAGAAAGUGGAGAAAGUGAAGUUAAAGCUGAAGAUGUCGAUCAACCCGAACAGAUGCCGGAAACCCACAUCGAGGCCGAGGUCGAAGAAACCGAACCGAAAGCGGAGGAAACUCUGGCGGCAGAGACAGUCGACAAAGUGCCUGAAAGCAAAGAUAAUCAAGGGAAAACGGAAGAAGUUCCUACUCAAGCCGAAGAGUUCGAGGCUGCUACACCAGAAACCAUGCAUGAAACCGACAAUGUGUCUAGCGGUGACAAAGAACUGCAAAUGGACGAAGCUCCUCCUCAAGUUGAGGAAAAAGUGGACAGCGAGAGUGCUGCUCAGGCCGAAAUUGUGCCGCCAAUGGAAGAAAAAACGGAAGAAAUUCCAACUGAAGAAGAGACGCCACAGGUUGAAGAUAGCAAGAUUGAGGUUGAGUCAAAGGAUCGUGAAGAACCUGUGAGCGAGGAAACCAAUUUGGACAGUGCCGGUGCUGCGAAAGAAGAAGCAGCUCCAGUGAGCUUGCCGGAGGAAACAGGUGCUAAAGCGGCUGCUUCUACUACUCAGCCUGUUGAGAGUGAGGAAAGUUCUGCGUUAGAAGACACGACAGUGGCUCUUGACGCUACACCGUCUGAAGAGGCUGUGCUAAGUGAAGAAGGAGGCGUCGAGCCUCCUCCAGAAACGGCUGGAGCUCAAGGACCUGAUACUUUGGAGGUCAAGGAAGAGGAUACUCUCGAACCAAACGAAGAGUCUAGAGAAGUUGCACCGGAAACUUUUAAUAUUCCUGCGACAACGGCACCUGAUAUCACGGAGAACUCCGAGGUUACGAGCUCCGCUCCUGACGUCGAAACUGAAGUUUCACCCGAUGCAACAGUUGACGACGCUGCUCCAACCGUGGAAGCUGUUUCAGAUGAGAAGGCUGGGGCUGAACUUGACAGGAAAGAGGACACGGGAGUUGAAACAAGUGUUGAAGCAGCGCCAACUGCCGAGACGCAGGAAGAAACUGGUGAAGAAACUGAACGAACGAAAUCACUAGCAGAUGAGCCUCAAGUUGAAGCUGCGGAAGAACCUGAGUAUCAAGUUCUUGAAGCCAAAGCUGAGCCUCCUAGCGUGGUUGAAGAGAGCACUGAUCAACCAGUGACUUUGGCUGAAGAACCAGCAUCAACUGAUCGUGAUCUGCAAGAACCAACCAUCGAGACAAUGGAACCAGCCGAGGUUGAAGAACCAGCUCUUGGGACGCCAGAGACAACGACAGUGGAAGAACCAGCCGAGGAUGAGUUGGAGACUAUGGAUGACGCUAUUGGUAAAGAGGAUGCAACAGCAUCUGAGCCAGGUUUGGAGGAACCUGUUGAAGGAAAAUCAGAAGAACCAGCAUCAACUGAUCGUGAUCUGCAAGAACCAACCAUCGGGACAAUGGAACCAGCCGAGGUUGAAGAUGAGACGCCAGAGACGGAGAAACCGCCCGAGGUUGAAGAACCAGCUCUUGGGACGACAGUGGAAGAACCAGCCGAGGAUGAGUUGGAGACUAUGGAUGACGCUAUUGGUAAAGAGGACGCAACAAUAUCUGAGCCAGCUUUGGAGGAACCUGUUGAAGGAAAAGCAGAAGAACCAGCAUCAACGGAUCGUGAUCUGCAAGAACUAACCAUCGGGACGAUGGAACCAGCCGAGGUUGAAGAUGGGACGCCAGAGACGGAGAAACCGGCCGAGGAUAAGCUGGAUACUACUACGUCAACUACGGAUGACGCUAUUGGUAAAGAGGAAGCAGCAGCCUCUGAGCCAGCUUUAGAGGAAACUGUUGAAGCAAAAACGGAAGAACAAGAACCAACUAUGGAAACAGCCGAGGUUGAACAACCAGCUCUUGGGACGCCAAAGACGACGACUGCGGAGGAACCAGCCGAGGUUGAAGAACGAGCUCUUGAGCCGCCAGAGACGACGACUGUGGAGGAACCAGCCGAGGUUGAAGAACGAGCUCUUGGGACGCCAGAGACGACGACUGUGGAGGAACCAGCCGAGGCUGAAAAACCAGCUCUUGGGACGCCAGAGACAACGACUGUGGAGGAUCCAGCCGAGGGUAAGUUGAAGGAACCUGCUGAUGGUGAAGCUUCGCAAGAGCCGGUGGAGACAUCCCCCGUGGACGAACCAGCUCACGAGCCUGCUGAAGUUUUAGAACAAAAUUUGAAGGAACUCGUGACUGAGGAACCAUCAACUGCUAAGCUGGAGGAAGGUGAAGCUUUGGAAGAGCCAGCGGAGGCACCUGUCGUGGAUGAACCAGCUCCUACUCGAGAUGAACCUGUCGAAGUUCCAGAACAAGAUUUGAAGGAACCGGGGGUUGAAACAGUUCCAACGACGAGCGAGGAGGAACCAUCUGCUAAUGUGGAGGAGCCUGCUGAAGUUGAAGCUUCAUAUCCUGUCAAAGUUCCGGAACAGCAUUUAGAGGAUGAAAUAGCUCCAACCACGAGCAAGGAGGAACCAUCAGCUAAGUUGGAGGAGGCUCCUGAAGAGCCAGUAAAGUCACCCGUCGUGGACGAACCAGCUCCUACUCAAGAUGAACCUGUUGAAGUUCCAGGACAACAUCCAGAAGAACUGGUGACGGAAACAGUUCAAGCAACACGUGAGGAGGAGCCUGCCGAAGUCGAAACUUUGGAGGAGCCCGUUGAGACAUCCCCCGUGGAUGAACAAGCUGCUAUGCCAGUCGAAGUCCCGGAACAACAUGCAAAGGAUGAGACUAGUGAGAAAGAACCAUCUUCUAUGGCGGAGGAAGCCACAGCUUUGGACGAGCCAGUUGUGGAUGAACCAGCUUCUGCUCUAGGUGAGGCAGUCGAAGUUCCAGAGCAACAUGCAGAGGAUGAGACCACGAGCAAGAGGGAACCAUUGGUGGUGGAGGAACCUGCUGAAGUCACAGCUUCGGACGCAGUUCUGGAUCAACCAGCUUCUACGCUAGAUGCUGAGCCAGUCGAACUUCCAAAACAACAUGCAGAGGAUGAGACUGUUCAAACGACUCGUGAGAAGGAACCACCUUCUAUGGCCGACGAGCAAGUUGUGGAUGAACCAGCUUCUGCUCUAGGUGAGGCAGUCGAAGUUCCAGAGCAACAUGCAGAGGAUGAAACUACGAAGGAACCAUUGGAACCGGUGGAAGUUACAGCUUCGGAUGAGUCAGUUGUGAAUCAACCAGAUCCAGAGCCAGUCGAAGUUCCAGAAGAACAUGCAGAGGAUGAGACUAUUGAAACAACGAGUGAGAAGGAACCAUCUUCUUUGGUGGUGGAACCCGUUGAAGUCACAGCUUCGGACGAGCCAGUUGUGGAUCAACCAGCUUCUACUCUAGAUGCAAAGCCAGUUGAAGUUCCAGUCGAAGUUCCGGAACAACUUGCAGAGGACGAGACCGUUGCGAGUGAGAAGGAAUCAUCUUCUGUGGUGGCGGACGAGCCAGUUGUGGAUCAACCAGAUGCUGAGCCGGUCGAAGUUCCAGAACAACUUGCAAAGGAUGAAACGACAAGUGAGAAGGAACCAUCUUCGACUGUUGAAACAAGUGAGAAGGAACCAUCUUCUGUGGUGGCCGACGAGCCAGUUGUGGAUCAACCAGCUUCACAUCUAGAUGCUGAGCCAGUCGAAGUUCCGGAACAACUUGCAAAGGAUGAAACGACAAGUGAGAAGGAACCAUCUUCUGUGGUGGCAGACGAGCCAGUUGUGGAUCAACCGGCUUCUACUCUAGAUGCUGAGCCAGUUGAAGUUCAAGAACAACAUGCAGAGGACCAGACUGUUGAGACGACGAGUGAGAAGGAACCAUCUUCUGUGGUGGCAGACGAGCCGGUUGUGGAUCAACCAGCUUCGCAUCUAGAUGUUGAGCCAGUUGAAGUUUUGGAGCAACUUGCAGAGGAUGAAACGACGAGUGAGAAGGAACCAUCAUCUGUGGUGGCGGAUGAGCCGGUUGUGGAUCAACCAGCUUCUACUCUAGAUGCUGAACCAGUCGAAGUUCCAGAGCAACAUGCAAAGGAUCAAACGAGUGAGAAAGAACCAUCUUCCGUGGAGGAGCCUGUUGAAGUUCACCAGCCAGUUGCGGAUGAACCAGCUCCUACUCCAAAUGAGCCAGGCGAACUUCCAGAACAACAAGCAGUUCCUGAAACGGUUCAAACGACAAGCGAGGAGGAAGCAGCUGCUAAGUUAGAGGAACCUGCUGAAGACACAGCUUCAGAAGAGCCACUUCUUGAGACGCCAGCUGUGGAUGAACCAGCUAAUGAGCCUGUUGAAGUUCUGAAACAGGCUGAAGAGGAAACAGUUGCUCAAACACCAAGUGAGGAACCACAACCAGCUGUGACUGUGGAAGAGCCCGGGGAACAAGAAGCAGACGAAAGAGCUCUUGAAACACAGGAACCAGUAACGAGCAAGGACGAGCUCGAUCCAGCGGUCGUGAUGGAUGAUCCAGUGGAGGUUCCUGAAAAACAAGUAGACGAACCAGCCAGUGAGACACAGGAGCAAGCUGAAAGAACUAGUUUGGAUGAACCAGCUGCAGAAUUAACCAGUGUGGAUGAGCCAGUUCCUGCAAUGGUGGAGCCUUCUGAAGGAACUCCUGUGACACAAGAAGCAGUCCAAACUACGAAGCCGGACGAACUAAAACAGGAGAUUCCGGAAAAGCACGAGACAACCAACAAUGAAACACAGGAACUGGAAGCAAAGGAACCGGCUGCCACGACGGAAGAUGACAAAACUCUUGAAACAGAGGCAGCAGCUCAAGCAGAUGAACCAAUGGAGGAGCCUGCAGAGAAACACGUAGAGGACGACACACAGGAACUGGCUGAUCAAACGACUGGUCUGAACAAACCAGCUACUGAAAUGGACAAGCCUGCUGAAGCACAGGAGGAGGAAAGAGCUCUAGAGAUACAAGAGCCAGAACAAGCUGUUACAAUUCCUCCACAUGAACCAGCUGAGGAGAAGCUCGUUGGAACUGCAGAAGAGAAUGCUGCUGGAGUUGUGGAGACGCCUGGAGAACCCAAGGAAGUGUCGCAUCAAAAUGUGGAUGAGACAACAGCCGAGACUUCCAAACCUCCCAGGGAAGAGUUGACCGAAACACCAAGCACCGAAGAACAACCAGCUUCUACAGAGGAGGAAAAAGUCGACGAACAAGUUAUAUUUCCAGAGGCUGGCGACAGCACAGACGCUGCGUUGAUAGACGAGUUAAAUUCUAUUACAAGCAUCGGAGCGCCAGUGGAAACUCCCGAAGCUGACAUCAAGCCGCUGGAGGAACUUGUUGAAGCACCAACACUGGAAGUAGCCAGAUCGGAAGAAGGUGGAAACGGAGACAGCGCAAUCCCUGAAAGCGAGCCACUCAUCACAGGUGAUCCCGCCAAGGUUGAAACCGUGGAACCCGAACCAAUCCCUGCUGAAACCAAGCCACUCAUCUCAGGUGAUCCCGCCAAGGCUGAAACCGUUGAACCCGAACCAAUUCCUGCCGAAACCGAGCCACUCGUCACAGGUGAUACCACCAAGGUCGAAACCGUGGAACUCGAACCAAUUCCUGCCGAAACCGAGCCACAACCAAGCCUCGAAGAGACUUCACUGAAUGCCGAGGCAGAGAGGAUUGAAACCACGCUGGAAGACAGUGAAAUAUCGCCGGCCGUAGAGCCAAGACAAGCUGAUGAGAAUCCAGUCGAGGAAGCAACGCCAGACGAGGCCGAGAAAGCAGCCGAUCUUAUGCAAGCACCAGCAGAGAGUACACCAGAACAAAGUGUGGAUCAAACAACGCCAGUUGACAAGUCAACGGAGGAAGUAAACGCACCUGUGGAGGAAGAACCAAAACCGACCGAGGUGGAGAAUCCAACAGCAGAAGAAGAUGUUCCAGCGAAGGAAAAAGAAGCAACGCCCGCUGACCCUGAGGAGGCAAAAGUUGACGAACAACCUAUAGCCCCAGAAGAACUUACAACAAUCGGAGCGCCAGUUCAAACUCCCGAAGCUGAUAUCAACCCGUUGGAGCAGGCUACAAAAGUGGAAGCUGGAUCGGAAGAAGCUGGAACCGGAGAAGCAGCAAGCGAGCCACUUACUACAGAAGAACCCGCUGAAGUAGAGACUACGGAACGAAGCCCUGUCGAAGUCGAGCCAUCACCAAGCCUCGAAGAGACAUCAUUGAAUGCUGAGGAACAACAAUCAGAGGAGGAAUCAAUGACCGUCCAGCAGGAACAAACUGAUGCGAGUCCAGUUGAGAAAACGAUCCCAAACGAGGAGAAACCACUCGAUCCUGUGGAAGCGGCCACAGAGUGUAUAUCAACUUCUGAGACGGCAGAUGAAGAGAAGGUCGAGGAAACAGUGCCUAGCCAGGUAGAAGAUCUCUCAGAAAUAGCAGCUGCCACAAACGAGGACGAGACAGCCGAUGUUGUAGUAAAAAUGGAAGCAACAGGCCAGGUGGAAACUUCUCUAGAAGCACCGAUGGAGAAGAUUCAGGGAACAGCAGACAAUGACGUGAAGAUCAAGGAGACAGCAGCUGCUUUAGAGACGAGUAAUCAAAUCGAGGAGGACGUCGCCAGCACUGAGGAAAAGGAAGCAUUGGACGAUGAAAUGAAAAUGGAGGCCGAGACGACUAAGGUGAUUGGAGUAGUUCCCGAGGAAAAGGAAGUAGCAGCCGAUGAAGCGAAAAUCGAGGAAACGGUACCGAGCGAGGACGCUUCUAAGGUGAUGGAGCAGAUUGAAGCCGUCGAGUCAGCGAAUGAUGAAGGCGUGACUGGAAACACAGUGCCUGACCAGAUGGAAACUACUGCAGAAACACCAGAAGUAGCAAGGGAGAUUGAACUAGUCCCUGCGACGGCAACAAAUGAAGCAGACACGGAUGAAUCUACGUCGGAAAUGAUAUUAGAGAAGCAGGAAACCAAGGACCGUGAAGAGCCAGCAGCAGAACAACUUGAGGUGGAGUCACGGGACCUCGUAAUAAACAGUGAGCUGAAUAGCGACGAAGAAUCACAAGUGGAGGAGCUUCAGCUGGAAGACAGGGUCGAAGCAGCAGGAAACGCAGACAACGAAGCACCAGUAGCAGACUCUGAACAACUGGAAAGCAGGCCCUUGAAGAACACCACAAUCGAAGAGAAAGAUGAGAAGGCUGGAGAUCUCAAUAAUCCCGAAAAGCCAGCAGAGGCUCAGGAAAUCGAUGAUGCGCAGAGCGAGGAUAAAGUUGGGGAAAGCAAAGAGAAGGUCGAUGAAAACGCGAGAAUUGAGGAAGCAGGGUCGGAGAUUACUGGUGCAGCAGCAGCCGUUGACAGUAGACACAAUGAGGACGUUGCAACAACACCAGAGAGUGUCACUAAGGAGAUCCCAGAUCAAGCAUUGAGUGCAGCAUCGGACGAAGCAGAUGCUGCGUCGCUAGGAAACGAAAAGCCUGGUGAGGAGCAGGGAACAUCAUCGCAAAUGGCUGACAACAGGGAAGUGGAAAAAGAGGAUGAAGCUGCAGUGGAAUCAACAACAGGGACGGAAGAACGAGCUGAUGAGCUGGUCGAUGUGGCAGAAGAUCCAGAAAGUAAAGUGCAAGCCAAAGAAGAGCUGGCUGACAAAUCUGGGAUACUCGAGGAAGCUGUUCCAGACGGAAGCGCAACUGUUAGUGAGGAACAACUAGCAACAGAACCGAUGGUGGAGAUAGACGCCGCAGAGGAAUCUGGAAGCAAAAGUGUCGAAGAAAAGACGAGCAGUGGAGAUCACGAAGUAGACGCAGGCGAGGAUCAUGGAACUGAUCAAGUAUCUGCUGCACCAGAGUCUGAUGCUCAAGACAAGAAAGAAGCGGCUGAAGAAACACCACGCGAGGCUGAGCAAGUCCACGAAGCAGAGAAUGAGACCACAUUGCACGGACAAGACCAAGUUGACGGGACACCAACCGAAGACAAGGCUGAUCAGGAAGUCGAAAGUUCCAACGUUGAAGAUGCAGUACCUCUAGACAAAAUCGAGGGCGACGAACUAGCUGCCGGAUCAUCGGAAGAAACAAAAGAUACCGUUGCUGACAAGAGAACCGAAGACGAACUACCAACGAUGACAACAGAAGAAAGCGGGACAACUUUGGACGAUGACGCCAAAUCCAAAGUUGAGGCUGACGAAGGCAGAGAUGCACAAAUUGAGAAGCUGGAGGACUCUGGAGUUACCGAAGACCAUAGCAUCCAGGAAAGUAAGGAUACAGACGAAGGCAGUGCUGUGGAAGUUGAACCAGCAACAGAUGAAAGUGUGGUCACUAAGCAAGCAGGAGAACAGUUGGAUGGAGCUGAGGAUCAAGCAGCAAUAGACGCAGAUGGCAAAGAGACGACUAGAAACGAUCAAGCGUCUGCUGGCGAACUGGUUUUGGAAAGUCAAGGGCUAUUAAAGACAGAUGAGGCUGACAGAGGACUUGAGCUUCAAGAUGGAAUUGAGAACACAGCUGCUGAAGAAGUCGGAGAGAAACCACACGAGGAGAUUACGCUGCAAAGUGAAGCUGAUGAUAAAGGGGGAGAAGACUUGCCGUCGACAGUCCAAGAUGUCGAGGGAGCUAUCGAAGCCAGGGAGGACAAGGCAGUCGAAGGUGGUGACGAAGCAAUCCAAAAUCCAGUGGAAGGUCGGACUGAAGAAGGCGAGCAAGAUAUUAGAGACACCGAGGAGUCAACAAAUCUGAUUGAACACGAACCUUUGAAAGACGAAGCCGUGGACAGGAAUGUUCCAGCUGCUGGCGACGACGAAGAAAAGGUGCAAGAAACAGUGAGCAGUGAAGAAACUCAGGCUAAGAUCGCAGAAAACUCGGAGAUGGAAGCAACUGACAAACGCGAGGAAAGAUUUCAAGUAGCAGAAGAUCAAGAUCCAAGCGGAGAGAAAGAGAAAGAAACAACAGUUCUCCAAACGGAUGCUCUUUCCACGAGCACUCAGACAGCAGAAGACAUAAUUCCAGACAGAGAAGAGAUCCACGAUGAAGCUCAAGUAGCCGAAGAUAUAAUUCCGGACAAGGAAGAGGUGCACGACGAAACUCAAGUAGCCGAAGAUAUAAUUCUGGACAAGGACGAGGUGCACAAGGAAACUCUUAUUCCGGACAUGGAAGAGGUGCACAACGAAACUCAAGUAGCAGGAGAUACAAUUCCGGACAAGGAGGAGGUGCACGACGAAACUCAAGUAGCAGAAGGUAUAAGUCCGGACAAGGAAGAAUUUCACGACGCAGAUGUCACCUUUCCGGACCAAGAAGCGGGCAAAGAUGAAGAAGCAACAGUUGAAGAAACAAUAGUAUCUGCGGACGAAGAGAAAGAAGCGGCGGUAGCUGCUGGUGAAGGAACUCAUCCAGCAGAGAAUCGCGAGGAUCAGAAGGCUAAGGAGCUCGAAACAACAAGCAUCGUCCACGAGAACGACAAGGAAGAAGCAACAACACCAGCCGAAGACAAAGGCGACAUUGCUCUAGACGAAGCAGCUCUCAUUACUGCCGAAGACGAUGGAACUCAGCUCGCAGAAACUCAGGAGGAAGACAAAGAGAAAGCAGUACCAGAAGUUUCCACACCAGGCGAAGACAAAGAUCUCAUUGUUCCAGACGAAGCAGCUCCCAUCACUGCCAAAGACGAAGGAACUCAAGAGGAAGAGAAAGAGAAAGAAGCUGAAAGAGUACCAGAAGAUUUCACACCAGCCAAAGACAAAGCUAUCACUGCUCCAGAUGACGCAGCUCCCAUCACUGUCGAAGACGAGCUAGCAGACGCUCAGAAGGAAGACAAAGAGCAAGUCGAGGAAACGACUCCCACCAGCGAGGAAGAGAGUCCGCUGCUACAAGAGGAUCCAAAAGCCGCUAGCAAAACCGAAAAACCAGCAGUAAUCAGCGAAGGAGAAGAACCUGGAGUAGCCACGAAGGCGAUAGACAUCGAUGAUCUUACGACCCCUCCAGCAGCAGAAACUAAACAAGAGAGCUCGCCACCACCGGCAAGCAUCAGCAUCGCGUCGGCCUUGAAGAGCAUUGUGGCAGCGUUGUCCACAAAGCCUUCCAAGAAGAAGAGGCUGAGACUAAAAAAGGAGCUGGCCAAGGAGCUGCAAGCAUGAGAGCAAGGAUGUUACUACACUUAGAUUUGUUUGAGAAAUAAAAGCACGUUAUUCCAAAUUCA